AGAGCGAUGUGCAAAAGCGGAAAAGACCGCUGGGCCGAGAUUGACGAUGCGGCCGGCUUGCUUAAGAGUCGCAGGAGCGCGCCGAGGCACAUCUAAUUACGCAUUAGCGCAGCAGCACCGGGGGAGGGAAUGCGAAACUCCGGGCAGUCCCUGUCCUGUGGCCCCGUGGCAAAGGGACGCAAGCCGGCGAAGGAGACGGUGCCAUGGCAGGCGCGCAAGUCCACAUGUGCCAGACCCUCCUUCCCGCUCACGCGAACCACCUCGGGGAGCUCAGCCCCGGCCAACUGCUCAAGUGGAUCGACACCACGGCGUGCCUGGCUGCUGAAAAACAUGCUGGCAUUCCCUGUGUAACAGCAUCAGUGGAUGACAUACAAUUUGAAGAGACUGCCAGAGUUGGGCAGAUUAUCAGCAUUACAGCAAAGGUAAACAGGGUAUUCACUACCAGUAUGGAGGUUGGUGUCAGAGUUACAUUACAGGAUCCCUUUACUAAUGUUCAAAAACUCAUUUGUGUGGCUUUCUCUACGUAUGUUGCAAGGCCAAUACGAAAUGAGAAGAUUAACAUAAAACCAGUCAAGCUUCUCACUAUACAAGAUUUCAUAGAGCAUGACCUGGCUGCUGAGAGAAGAAAAAUUCGACUGGAUCAUGAACGCAUGUUUAAUAAUCUAAUGGAUGAAUGUGGCAUGGAUGAUGGCCAUGUUUGCAGUAAAGAGGAAGAUGUGGUUUACACCGAUUGCACUCAUGUGCAGAGCAUUGAACUUGUCCUGCCUCCUCAUGCCAAUCAUCAAGGAAAUACAUUUGGUGGUCAAAUUAUGGCUUGGAUGGAAACAGUGGCUACUAUUUCAGCAAGUCGCCUGUGUCAUUUGCAUCCAACUCUGAAAUCUGUAGAUAUGUUUAAAUUCCGAGGACCUUCAACUGUUGGUGACCGCCUUGUUUUCAAUGCUAUAGUUAACAAUACUUUUCAGAAAAGUAUUGAAGUUGGAGUUCGGGUUGAAGCAUACAACUGUGAGGAAUGGGCCAAAGGUCAAGCACGACAUAUUAACAGUGCCUUUCUUAUUUUCAAUGCUAUAAAUAAACAUGGAGAUGUUCUUAUUCCCAGAGUGAGUUCCAUGACCAAGGACGGCUUAAGAAGGUACCAUGGAGCUAUUGCACGUAAGAAAAUUCGAUUAUUCAGGAGAUAUGCUCUCUUAAAGAAAGAAAACAAUUUCACACCUGAUUUCUGGGACAUUAGCAACCAGACACUCAUAAUCACAAGCAAUGUUAUGGCAUUGACUUUCUUGGCAGCAAAGCCUGGAUGGGAGAUAUGCAUUACUCUAGAUCGUAUACAAAUGUACACUCUGGAAGAGGAAAAUGCUUUGUCGAUCAAGGUUGAAAUGCAAAUACAGAUACCUUCAAAACUGGCAUUCUCCCUUUUAUCUAACUUCUCACUCCAUAAGCACUGGACUAAAUACUACUCAAAUUGUAGAGUCAUGGAGCGUGUGACUGAAGAGGACAAAAUAUACCACAUUACAUCCUCAGCAUCAGCUAAUGGAAAGAAACCCAGAGAUUUUUUAAUUCUUGUGUCUCAAAGGGAACCUUCUAAAACUAAAGAACCUUACGUAAUAGCUAUGAAGUCAGUUGCUUUGACAGCUGUUCCGCCUGCUGAUCAGAACGACCACCAAAGUGAAAUCCAGUGUGCAGGAUUCUUCAUCUACCCCCAUGAGGAUUGCUCUUUGGUUUCUGUCUUCAUCCAUGGCGCACAUAAUAUCAUGCCUUACUUUGCUGGAAAUCUUACUUGUCUGUGGGAAUCAAUUGAAGAUACAGCAUCUAUGUGCAUCCAGUUCUUAGAAUCGGAGAGCAGCAAGAUGAGCUACAUUUAAUUAACCAAUACUGUACUUGAAGAUGACAAAUCACUGAAAUAUUUAUAAUAAACUUUCAAUCUAACAAAUAUUUGUAAUAAACUUUCAAUCUAACAAAUCAAUUGCCACCUACUUACUUUGAAAUCGUCACAAUGACAGUUGCCAUAUCGUCCAAGGCUACAUUGAAUGAUGGACCAUCUAACCACCUUCAAAAUUUUAUAAAAGUCUUCUGAAUGAUAAAAAAAAAACCUUGUAAAUGCAAUCUAUAAUAUUAUUACAUUUCAAAUAUUAUUUUAGAUGCAAAUGUUUAUUUUAAAGUGAGCUUAAAUAAAUAAAUUUGUUAUUUAUUUAUUAUAACAUGUAUGUAUUAGAGGGAACAUAGUCAGGACCAUAUAUAUUUCACAAUCUUGCAAUUGUAUUUCUGUGCAAGGCAUUUUGGCACAAAUUUCUGUAUAAUGAAUCAGGCGAUUUAAAAAAAUAUGUUAUUAACAAAAAUGACAGAUAAAUAUAAAUUAUUUUCUAUUACAAUAUCUGAUCAAUAGGAUAAGAAUGUUUCUUUAAAUAGGCUUCUCUGCUCUGCAUAGUAGGAACAGAAGUAUGUGAAAUUAUGGCAAUUGAUUGGUAUAUCCGAAUCUGCAGUCUUAAGCAAAUAUUUUAUUGAGAUAGAUUUAAUUACUAGCACAGAUUUUCCCCAUUUCCCCACAUCUGCAGAGUGACAAAAAAUGGAAGAUAUGCCCACUUACAGACAUGUUUAAAUAUCUGGUAUAGUCUAGUUUUUCUCUUGAAUUGUGAUAUUCUGCUCUUUUUAUAUUCUACUGUAGGAAUGUAACAAAAGAGAACAUUGUAUAUAAUAAAAAGUAACAGGUACA